AUGGUGCUCACUACCUUCGCGCUACUUCUUCUUUCGCUACUUUCACCUCACACUCAUGCAAGACCUCUUUGUCAACCCAAUUCGACUGUUGAAGGCGCCGAUCAGGUUCGCUACCUUGGAACAUCGGCCAACAAUAUCGAGUCAUUCCUGAACAUUCGAUUCGGUCAGAGUACUGGGGGCAGUAACCGAUUCGCGGCACCUAAGCCCUACACCUAUCCACAUGGCUCGGUAGUAAAUGCCACCCAGCCCGGAGCGGCUUGUCCUCAACAAAAAGUCCCUAUUCAGGGACUCCCGGUGUUUGACAAUGUCACACACAUCUCAGAAGACUGUCUGACCUUGCGGGUUGACCGACCAGCCAAUACAUCAAGGACCGCAAAGCUCCCGGUCAUGGCAUUCAUCUAUGGUGGUGGAGAUUCAAUUGGCCAGAUCUAUGAUUCAGCAUAUGAGCCAGGGCCAUUGAUCUCCAAUGCCGUUCAGCAAGGUUACCCUGUGAUGUAUGUGGCUAUCAAUUACCGGGUCGGAGUAUUUGGAUUUGCUGCAUCCGAAGCCUUAAAUGCAACAGGGUCUCUUAAUGUGGGCCUCCUUGAUCAGCGUCUCGGCCUCAACUGGGUGCAGGAGCAUAUUGCCGCUUUUGGUGGGGAUCCUGACAAUGUCACCAUAUUUGGAGAGAGUGAUGGUGCGACCGGAGUUGGCCUUCAGAUUACUGCAUAUGGAGGAAAUGUCCGGAAGACCCCAUUCAAGAGGGCUAUCAUGCAAUCAGGCAGUGCGGCCGCAGACAGCGGCACCGCCAGCAAUAUAUCAGCAGUGCACACAUCUGAAUUGAUACGGAGGGUCAACUGCUCUUCCUCCACGAGUGAGGCUGAACUUGCCUGUCUCCGGAAAUUGCCACUCAAGAAGCUGCUAUCCAGUGCGAUUGAGUACGAGUUCAAUGUCACCGGUUUCGGGUUCGACGUUUUCGAGCCUACUUCUCCAUCAACCUUUAUUCCUGACAAUCCUUCGACGCUGCUGACGACUGGUCGGUUCGCCCACAAUAUUGAUAUCAUUGCUGGAUGGACGGAAGAUGACGGGUCCUUCUUUACACCAUCCACUCUCAAUUCAACAAAGGAUGUCGUGGACUUUAUCUAUUCAGAAUUCCCUUCAUUUUCAAAGGAAAACGUCCAGAAGGCUCUCGAUCUCUAUCCCGUUACAGCCUUUUCGGGCCUACCCCGGAAAAAUAUCUCAGCUCAAUAUUUCCGUGCAAGCAGACUUCUGCGAGACUCACAGUUUGUGUGUCCAAUUAUACACCUUGUCCGAAUGAGUCAGAAGUACUCGGAAAAGAAGGCCUCAAACUACCUCUAUGUGUUGAAUCAGACAAUGUUUGCUCCAGUGAAUGCCCAGCAAGGCAUGUCUUAUCUCGGUGUUUCACAUUUCAGUGACAUUCCCUAUGCCUUCAACCUAGCGAAGACCAGGUACUCCUUCCUGGCUUCACCAUCAGACGUGAAGCUGUCCACAGAAAUGAGUAGUAGCUGGGCCGCCUUCGCCGCAAGUGGAAACCCAUCUGGAAAACCCGGCACAGUACCCAAUUGGCGUGAUGUGUCAAAGCAUAUGUCGUCUAACCAAUACAAUCUUCAAGCACUUGGUGGACCUAAUGAUGGUCUCACAUCCAUCAAGUCUGACAAGGGUUCCUACGAACAGCUGGCCCAAAGAUGUAAUUUCUGGACAUCGCCCGAGGUGUUUCAAGAAAUGAGCGUCUGA